GUGCAAGACCCAGUACUGGGAGAAAUCAGAAUAAUACCGAUGUGGAAAGACAAGACUAUAGACAGUUCACUUAGAACAUUUGUAAACGCAACAAUAGCAACAGUGUAUGAGAUAAGCUGGGCUAAUUUAAAAAGUAUCAGCUCAAUUAUAAGACAUGGGGUAAACAACCCUAAAGAAGAAGGCAUAAACUGGAAAAACACCUGGAAAGUACUCAAGAAACUGCAAGGAAGGAGUUUGUACAAAGAUAAGACAUGCAUAGCUUGUUGUGUGAAAGACGAGACUAUGGAGCAUCUGGCAGAAUGCCAAGUCUAUCAAAGAAUUUGGAAUAGAAUAGAGAACACGCAGAAAACAGAUGCACAGAAGAAGGAAAAAGAUUACUUGGGUCAAGAUCGAAAGCAGAGAAAAGCAUAUACUGGUUUACAGAGCUCUUUUG